AUGCCAUUUCUGAACGAAAAUGAAGAAAUGUUGCGCAUGAUGAUAGCGUAUUUUUUUGGCGGCAACGCUAGCAAACUGCUCAAUUCGUUCUGCGAAUAUGCGAAAGCUCGCGAUCCUUCGGACGACAAUGAUCCACAUCACUGGGACGUUGAUCUUUACCUAACCGGAAUAAACAUUUAUUCGACAAACAACGGCACUAAUGGCAUAGCCUACCCCGGUGGCAUGUGCAAAUCAAAUGCAUCGUGCGCCAUUGCAGAAUUCGGUACUACACGUCUUCAAUCCUCGAAUUUUACAUCUUCUCUCAUUGCUGCUCAUGAAAUCGGCCAUGUUAUGUCCGGUGUCAUGGGUGAACAAGGCCAAAUAACAUGGUCCAAGUGUAGUCGUGAUAUUGCUGUAAAACUCUGGAAUGCAAAAGAGUGUCUUCGUGAUCACACGAUAAAUCUCAAAGAUGCCUAUGACCACUCGCGUUAUCACGAUUUACCCGGAAGACAAUGGACCGCCAAAGCACAAUGCGAAAUACAUUUUCGCGACAAGAAUGCAAACGUAGUCUCGUUGCUUGAUAUAUGUAAAACCUUACAAUGCGAAACGCCUCACAUUAAUAAAUACUAUUUCACGGGACCGGCGUUGGAAGGAACUCAUUGCGCACACGAGAAAGAAUGCCGUGGCGGAGAAUGCGUGCCCGUUAUCAAACCACCAUACAUUUUCAAGUAUUGUGAAAAUAAUAACUGGAGUGAAUGGAAAGAAGGCACCCGUCAAAGUAGUUGCUUGAAGAAAUCUAAAGGCGUCAGAGUCAGACGACGAUCUUGCAAACAUAGAAGUCGCAGAACGGCGAAUUGCGAAGGGCCAUAUUCCGACGUGGUUCUGUGCGAUGAUUAUUUACUCUGUACUCAGGAACGCAAGAGCAUCGACUUAUUUGCUGCAGAAAUAUGCAGGCGAUUCAGCUAUCACGCAAUAGUAAUCAAGUUGAACUUGACGUUUGCAACAGAAUUUUUUGAGCCAGGACGACAGGCCGCUUAUGAUGUCGAGAAACCAUGGAAGGCUUGUACUAUACAUUGCCGCAUAAAAAAUUCACCUAUUCUCUAUGCAUCACACUUGGAAACGCCCUACUUUGUUUUCGAUCCAUACUUUCCAGAUGGAACGUGGUGUCACGAAAAAGAUGGAUAGAAUUAUUAUUGUCAGCAACAUUACUGUCUGCCAGAAAGCUACUCUUAUAAAAGUUAAAAAAUCUCUGUUAAGAAAUUAUCGAUAUUUGAAAAUCGAAAAAAAAAAAUUAUUUUACGAAAUACGCGUGAAUCAAUUUUGAAUAAUUGAUCAAUUCGUUUGUUACCGAAAAUUUGAUCGGACAAUCUGUCGUUGUUAACAUUUGCUUUGUUUAUCAUAGAUACUUUGAUUAACAAAAACUUAAACUGGACGAAAAAUUACGACAAAUCAGCAUCUAAAACGAAUUCCGUCGACUAGCAUUUAAAAAACGUUAAAUAAUCAAUAAAAAAUAAUAGACAAUAAUUAACACGUUUAAGAUACGAUAAAAUAAAUAGCUAUAUAAAGUAAAGAUAUUUUUAUACCGUAUUAUACCGAAACAUUGUGUCGAGAAAUAAACGAGAACGAUGACGUCACUCAUCAUGUUAUGUAAUUUAACAGUCUGUCAAUGUUUCAUCAAUACUUAUACAUAAACGAUUAAUAAACGAAAAAAAUUAAAAAAAUUUUAUUCCGUAAAUUAAAAAUUUCAGAAACGCAAAUUUCAAUAUAUUUUCUACGUCGGAUAAUCAGUAAAUCAGUGAUCAGAGUUAUUUUUCUUCAUAA